AUGUCUGUGACCUAUUCUUCCCGGGCAUUUGUGCUCGGUGGAGAUGGAGUUGGCCAAAGUGCCUUCCCCCGACUUUGUCGUGACUGUUACAAUGCAUCUGAGUGGCCCCAAAGAUCGAAACAAAGAGUUCGAGGUCGGGCCAACGCGUUGCUUCUAGAAGACCCACUGAGCAGAGGACCCACCGUGGAGCUCAACUUUGUUGAGGUCCCUUACUGGUGGGUGGAGGCAGAUCUUCGCUCGUGUGUGAAGCAACAGAAUUCAUUGGGUGACUGCGCCGUGCUGAUUGUGGACGUGUGCAAUCCUGGCAGCUUCGACGCUGUAAUCACGCGAGGCAAGUGGGCCUUGGCUGCUGGACUCCAGUGCUUCACGGUGCUGAGCUUCACUGGGCCAUGUUCUGCAACAGCUCAGUCUUGUGACCGGCAAGUGCGCAGGGAGAGCAUCGAGUGGCUUGCAGACGAGAUGAGCCUGGUGAAGCCUUCCCACUUCGACUGCACACUCGAGGCAGUGGGAGCUGGCAGCCUUCAAUUCCAACUUGAGCUUUUCCUGAAAGUCCUUACGCUCAGACUGCUGUGGUUGAACCUGGAGCCGAUGGGCUCACAAGCCAAGGCCAGCACCAGCACAUCGACGCUCUCCUCGCGUCGCUGGACCGGGCCUACGCUGAGCUCUCGUGACUCUGUUGCCGGCCGCCAGCAGCGGCAAGGCCGCAGUCCCGGCCCGCCACGCUGUGCUCACAUCCUGCCGGCCCGGUACAUGCCUGGGAUACGGACACCGCCUGAUGGGCCUCCUCGAGGCCGUACCUGGUGGGGCUCUGAGUCCAGGAGCACGUCUCCACGGCGGCCUUCACCUUCGCCAAUGCAGUGGAGUGCUGCACGCCGAGCACCGCGGAAUCGUAGCCCGCUUCCGCAGCCGGCAUCGAGUCUGGAACAGUUGGAAGGUUUCGGUGAGGAGGUGCGGAGCAGUGACGAGCGCCGCCCGGCUCGGCUGGCAGCAGCGGAGGCCAAGCGUGUGGUGGCAGCCGGGCAGCCUUACCGACGGCCGCAGCAAGAGCAAGAGCGCCGGAAAAGCCUGGAGCUGUCCGGGACGACCAGCAGUGGAGGCCUUGCCCAGGAGGAAGCCCCGCUAGAGAGUGUGAUAAAUCUCACCGCCUUGGCUGACGGAGCUCGAGCUCGUGAGCAGGAGCUGAGGGGAAGCACCGAGCUCGACCGCAAAGCAUUUGUUCAAGGUCAAAUCAUGAAGCAGCUGCUUCGGAGAGCGAGUCGCAAAGCGCAACUGGGGCCAGUUUCACGAACGGCGCCAGCACUCAGUGCCUUUGUUCGGCCGGGUCUACUUGGUGGUAGGGUGCAGGCGGCACAACUGGCGAACUGGAAGCCUUGCGCCAGCGCAUCACACCGGCCCUGGGCAUCAAAUGGUGUUAGCCGUGCCUUCGCUACUGUGCGGAACCAGACCCAUUACCAAGUUCUGGGUGUGUCUCCUUCAGCCUCACAGGCAGAGAUCAAAAAGGCUUAUCUUGGUGAAGCCAAGAAAUGCCAUCCAGAUUUAAACCCGUCCAAGGACGCGACCCUCAAGUUUCAGAAGCUGGCCGAAGCUUACCAAGUGCUGGGUGACCCGGACAAGCGCCAGGCUUACGACCACUUCCUCCGCACCGGCCAGGCCUCUGCGAGCAGCAGCGGAGCACGAAGAGCUCACAGCUACAGCGCCCAGCCACCGCCGGGAAACGUGGAUGUGGACCCUUUUGAGCUUUUCCGUGCUGUCCUGGAGGCCAGAGGGGGGCCAAAGUCCAAAGUUUCAGCUGAUGUAACCAUAGGUUGGGUUGUCAGAAUCCAAGACGAGGAGCUGGGGUCCGAGCGCCUCAUGGAGCGAGUGCGCCUCGUUCAGAAGGAGGCAGUUGAGGCAGGUACUGCCGCGCAGGCAGGGGAUUUCUCACCUGCUAAAACAUUCGUUUGGAAGCACAAGGGCCUUGCGGCGGCUGUGCUCCUGCCAUUGGGGGUUAUCCUGCGAUUUCCGGGCCUCAUUGGUAUGGCACUGCGGGUGUUGGGCCUUGUGGCCGCGGCCACACUGCAAAACCCAGCUAUGCGUGAGAUGUUCGCCCGAUGGACUUGGCUCCAGUGCAGAUCUCAGCCUCACUGCUGUCCAAUCGAGCUUUGGAAGGGUGUUUGUUUUGGUGGCGGCUACUGGUGCAGCGAGCUGCUCGGCGUGCUCAGGAGAGGAACCUUGAAGAAAUUCUUCGCCGAGAAGGGUAUAGGUUACAUAGCACCGGAUGAUGGCAGCGAGGAUGUCUUCAUCCACUUCCAGUCACUGAUAAACGGUGGAGAGUCUGACAUGAUCCCUGGGGCGAAGCUGAGCUACGACUUGGAGAUUAAUGACCGAAACGGCAAGACGAAGGCAGUCCGCGUGAAGGUUGAGUCCCCCGGUGACCCCAGCUACGCGUGGAAGGGUGGUGGUGGUGGCGGAGGCGGCAAAGGAGGCUAUGGCAAGGCUCCUACAGGGCGCAGCCACGGCACCGGCCCGUACGGAUCCUCCGGCUAUGGAGGCGGCGGAGGCAGCUACGACAACAACGGCGCCUACUGGCAGCAGCUCAUGGCGACCCUCACACAGGCGAUGGGCGGAUAUCAGGGAGGCGGGAGCGGAGGCUAUGGCUCCUGGAAGUGA